AUGCCUCGUGUUUCUAGAUCUAAAAGCAAUCGCAAGAAACGGGAAAAUGGAUAUAACGUCAUUUACUCAACACUUGAAUUUGUUAAUAAAGAAAGCAACCGUCGGCAACGAAAAAUAACGAGCUUACAGAAGGAAGUAGAUCGAUUAAACACAGUCUUAGAAGACAUGCAAAAAAGUAUCCAGGCGUAUGAACGAUGGUAUAAAGAAUCUUAUGGACACACUAUAAUUAUUACCGAACAAAUUGAAAUUUACAUUGAGGAGUGCAGUCGUCGUAUUGAUUCUCUAGUGGAUAAUAAUGAAGAAUUACGAGCACAAGUUGAAAAUCUGAAGCAGGAAGUUUUGCGAAUUCGUCAAAAUUGUCAUAAUUUUGAAUUAGAGCAGGAAGUCAAUGCUUUGGGACAUAGAGUUUGGCAGUUAAAUCAAGCGUUACAAAGUUGCCGAUGUAAUGUUUUUGUUCCGCCUCCGCUUACCCGCAACGAAUCAGAACUUUAA